CAUGGCUAAUCUUCAACAAAGACUUGAUCGAUACAUUGAUUUACUUUAAAUAGUUGAAUACACAUACCUAUUUUUACAUAAAUAAAGUACAGGAAAAAGAUAAUCAAUAAAUUGGGCUGAUUAGAUAUUUUUAUAACUGGGACAAAUCAGUUAUGAAUUUGUUCCCCGAAUAUGUGACCAGUGUUAAAAUGAGGAACAUUUUAUUGGUGGUGGUUUUGUGGCUUUGUGCAGAAAAUGUUUGUGUUGUAAAAGGACAAGAUUGCUUGUUUGAUCAAGAAACAAUAUACAUCAAUGAUACCAAUAUUGAAGAAGAAAUUGCUAAUAUAGUCGUUUUAAGUACAGCACAAUAUGAAUCCUUCUAUGUACAAGACACCGUAUCAGCUGUCGAUACGACUAUCGCCAAAAAGUAUUUUGAAUUUGAGAAAGUCGAUAACACUCAUCUUUCGUUCAAAACGACUGCGGAUUUCAGAGAUUUGGGCAGCGAUGCUGACAGCAAUGGUGCAGAAUUAAUUUUGAUGACUCUGUACGUUACCCUCAAGUGUGGAGAUAUUCCUAAUGCCUCACCUGUAAUUGUAGCUAUUACAUGUUCAUUCAACAACACACCUUCCUUCUCAACAACGACCUAUCCUUAUUCAGUACCCAUACCCAUAAUGCAGAAGACAGAUAUCACUGUAUAUGGCAAUGAAGUCACAGUAACCGAUACAAAUUUUGCUAACACAGCAAUGACAUUCACUAUAGUACCAGAUGAUUUUGAAGUCACUGCUUCCAAAGUAGAUAAUAAACACUUCAAGGCUGUGUUUAGUGCUAAAAAUAUUUUGCAGUUUUAUGGAGAAAAGACUUACACUCUUACAGCUGAGAACACAGGAAACCAGAAAAGCUCGGUUGAAAUUACCAUGGCCCCAGAUGCAAAAACAAGUCUUGAUUCACCUUCAUUUGAUGAUUCUUAUUAUUACUUUAAUUAUGAUGGUGCAACUUCCAUGACUCCAGGCAAUGGUGAUAUUAAGAUUAAUUCAAAUAAAGCUAAUGAGGCUACUUUGACGCUGGAAGGAGAGAAUUCUGCUUACUUUACAAUCAAACUAGACAAUAGUUCAAAAACUUUGUCUCUUUCAUCAUUCAAUCUGCCUUCAAAUGCUCCGGCCCAAAUAAUACUGAGUUUAAGCUUUACUACUGAUUCAACCGCGAAAACUACUCUUUUAAUAAACGUGGCCCCUGUAAUUCCAAAAUUUUCUAAUAAGCAUUAUAGUGGAACAUUUGAUGUAAAUUCAAAAGAAAUUUCCUGGAAAAAAGAAAUUGGUAUUGAGGAUGCUACAAGUGUUGCAAUAUUUGAGAAAUCAUCCUUAUUUUCCAUUGACCAAACCACCUACAAAAUAACACCAAAUGGUGACUUAUCCGAAUCGGAUUUCGACGAAAACCUAAAUAUUAUUUUCACUCUUGUCGCCACAUCAAGUACCAGUAACACAUCAGAAGCUGCGGUUGUGAUUUCCUUGAAAACUGGAACUGUAGAUGCAUUCGAAUUUAAUAGUACCUAUUAUACAGCCACUUAUAUGAAAGAAAAUAGUGAAUGGGUAGUUAAUUUGAAUAGUGCCAUUGGCUUUGUAGAUAUUUCAGAUUUUGGUGACAUCGAGAUCCAAGUAGAUGAAUCAUAUUCGUCCAAUUUUAAACUGGAACAAGAUGCUUCGAAAUGGAAAGUUUCGAUUUUGAGUCCUCUUACUAAUGAAGUUCUUAAUAAUAACAGAAAACUAGCAAUUCCGUUGACGGCAUCUAAAACAGGUCUAAAUGCAACAAUCGCUGUGUUAAUUUUGACUUUGCCGGAUAAAGUAGAAAUUAAUUUUGGGAGUUUGUAUUAUUCCGGCAGUUAUGUCCAAGGCCCUGACAAUGAUACUGUUGUGUUAACUGAAGAAAUUAUUAUCACAGGAGCUGAUGCUGCUGAUGUUACUAUUAUUGUUGAGGAAUAUCAGGAUUAUCUCCAUUUAGAACAUGAUUCGGGAUCAUCCUAUAAGCUAACAGUGAAGCAAAACUUAAACAGCACCGCUUUGAAUUCUAAAUCACCACUAUUAAUAAUAAUAGCCGCAAGUACAGAAACCAGUGUGGCACACACCACCUUAGUUUUGGAUUUGCCAGAUCAAUCACUACAACUGAAAUUUGAAAAACCUUUUUAUCAUGCAAUAUAUAGUGAGGAGAGAAUUGUGUUGGAUGAUGUCAGUAUAAGUUUAAUUAAAUCGGAUACUUUGGACGUGCAGUUUUCUUGUGAAGGAUAUGAUGAGAACUUUGAGCUAAUCCCUGACUCUACAGGUGACUCUUACUCGAUAAGAGUGAAAUCUCCACUAAACGACACUUCAAUAUCUCAACUAUCAAUACUUAUUACGGCAUUUGAUAGUGAUUCUGACAUAAGCGCAUCUACAGUGUUGGUUAUAACUCUACCACAGGAAAGCCAAGCUUUGAGAUUUGCAAAACCAUAUUAUUCUGCGACGUAUAGUGUUGUUGAUUCUCAGGGUCUUGUUACUCUAACUGAAGCAAUUCAUAUAAUCGCAGCAGAUAAUCUAACAGUUACAUUUAAUGUCAAUGACUACGACCAUAACCUGAAGAUAGAGUCAGAUUCAGAAUCAUCUUACACAAUAUCAGUUUCACGAAAUCUGAACAGCACCAUUCUCGACUACAAAUCGCCACUUUUAAUAAUAAUGUCCGCAAGUACAGAAACCAGUGUGGCCUACACGACCCUAGUUUUAGAUUUACCUGAUAAAUCACUGGAACUGGAAUUUGAAAAGCAAUUUUACCAUGCAACAUAUAGUAUUGAUGAACAAAAUCACGGUACAAUUAUUGUUGAUGACAGUGGGAUAAAAAUAAUAAAAACGGAUGAUUUGGAAGUGCAGUUGCUGUGUGAAGGUUAUGAAAACUAUUUGGAACUUUUACAAGACUCAGCUACUAACUUUUACACUAUCACAGUCAAAAAUCCAUUAAAUGAGACAGUUAUUUAUUCAAAUACCCAACUCAGUAUACUUGUGAAAGCUGUUAGUUCUACUUCUAAAAUAAGUGCAACUACAAUAGUGGUAUUAGAUUUACCCAGCUUGGAAGUUUUUGACACUAACCAAUUUGUUGCUGAGUACCAGUUAAGCUCUGAUGGAAAUGAGUAUGAUAUACAUUUUAUUGGGCAAGUAAUUGGAGUCAGAAGUACUAUUUUUACUCAAAUUAUUUUUACAGGAUACGAAAACAUUUUUGAAGCCACCUGCAAUGCCACUGCUGAAUGCUCCGUCACAGUAGAAAGCAAUUUAAACUCUACAAUCCUGAAUUUAAAUGAAGAACUAAUCAUAACCUUGGCAGCGACCAAUGAAGAUUUUUCAAGUACUAAAACUGCGGUUUUACUUUUAAAACUUCCUCUCAAAUCAUUUGCGAAUGAUAUUUAUUCCGGAACCUAUUCGGUUGAUGAAGGAAGCAUCACUAAUGUUGAUGAUAUUACUAUUACUAAUAUUGACACAUCUUUAGUUGAUGUAAAACUAAAAGAUUAUACUGAAUAUUUUUCGCUAAAACCAAAUGCCAGUAAAUGGACUAUUGAAGUUACCAAUUUGCUACCACCAGACAUCACAUCCAAACAAGAAACAUUAGUGACAAAUCUCUUGGCUAUAAGAACAAGUGAUAAGAAAACUUUAGCAAUAUCAACAUUACAAAUUCUAUUACCUACAAAUAUUCCCAAAUUUGAGAAGUUCACCUACUACGGUACUUAUGAAAAUUCGGUCGAUCCAGAAGUGAAAAUGGAAGACAAAAUAUCUUUGGCCGCUGAUAGUCUUGCAGCUCCUAAAAUUUAUAUUGAUCCCAAAGACGAAUACAUCGAUUAUUUUGAUUUAUCUGCUUCCAAAGAAGAGGUUUUGGUCACUAAACCUUUGGGUGAAGAUAUACUGGAUAAUGUUACAAGUAUUGCAUUGACUUUGCAAGCGGAAUCAGAAGGAGGAACCUCUGGACAUGCUACAAUCGUUAUAUCAUUACCAAGGAAAUUAAGGGAUAGCUCUAUUGAAGUUGAGAAUCAACAAGUACUAUUCACUGGUAGUUAUCAAGAUGGGUCAUUUAAAUCUCCCUCUAUUACUCUUAAUACUAAUACAACGAGUGAUGAAGAUAUUCUAGUACAAAUAUCCAAUGAUUUGGGCUUAGAUAGCGCACUUUAUUUCUCCUAUAAAUAUUCCAGUCAAGUUUUAACAAUUACUACGAUUGCUGAAUUGCCAGACGAUUUUUUGAAAAGCAACAAGGUGUUACCUUUGAAACUGGCUAUAAAAGACCAAAGUACAAAGGACACAGUGUAUGCAGUUUUGAAUGUGGAGAUUAGCAGUAAAUCUAAUAAUGACCAAGCAAAUUCUAGUACAGGAGUCAAUACUGGUUUGAUUGUAGCCGUGUCCAUCUUGGCUGUUUUAUUAUUAAUGGUUCUUUUGGCAGCAUUCCUUUUCUGGUUUUUCAAACUAAGGGAAAACCCCGGAGUUGAAAUCACCCCUGAGGAAGCAUUAGCUCCGACAAAAACUAAAAGUUUUACAAAAAACGAAGCCAAGAAGCAAGUGAUGGUUUCCAAUGCCCUUAGAAGGCCAACCGGUAUAGCAAUUGGUUUGAACCCCAUUUCACAAGGCGAAUCCUUAACAGAUGAUGAACAUCUGAAUUCCGUCGAACCAGAAGCUGAAAAAAAGGUAGCUUUUAACGAAAAUGUUGAAAAAAUAGAUAAUGAAAUUGAUGAUGAAGAUAUUUCAGACUCGGAAAGAAUGCAAAGUGUUACUGACCGACGUCCAACAAAAUUCGUCUUCGGUUAUCCUCCAGAACUAGGAGCUCUCCGUUUAUCAGAUAAAGAAGAUGAAAAUGGGAAUUUGUCAGAUAUAGAAACCGUAACAACAAAAUCGUCAGAUUUCAGUAAUGAUGUGAAAAAGAAAGGCGUUGCGUUUGAUCAGAAUGUCGAAAGAAUAGACAUAGAGAUUGAGGAAGGUCAGGAAUCCGACACUGAAAAAUUGGAAAACGCAUGAGCUUUAUUUUCAAAUAUUGUAUAAUAAAUAUAUAUGUACCUGGUAAUUUGUUAAAUGUUGAUCAAUGAAAAAUAGGACACAAAUGAAAAAUUGUAUAGAUAUAAUAAUACUCAAUGUACGUCCUUACGAUUUAAUAAAUUUAAUUUAUUUUUCUUAUUGUUAGUUUGUUGAACCCGAAAUAAACAUCUACUAUGAAUAUUA